CUUCUAUGCGCCUCUUUCUCCAACACUCAUGGACCGAAUCCCACCAGAGCUAUCCGCCCGAAUCUUAUCCUUCUGCGGUCCCUCUGAUUUAGCAAGCUUCUCCCAAGCCUCCGUUGGUUCAAGAAACCACGUCUAUGGUACAGAAGAUCAAUAUAUCUGGCGCGAAGUCUUUCUCAAUACCUUUGACGAACCGAGGCGCGACGCCAUAGGCCACCCUCAGCUUCAGGAUCAGAAUGGUUCUUUCAAUUGGAGAGAAGAACUCCAGAAGAGAAUACGAGCGGGAUGGAAACUUGACGAUUUGGGUAUUUUGGUUAGGGUGUUGUUGGAAGCAAGUCCGGAUGAUGGUACCGGUGAAGAGUCGAAGAAUGCUCGGUGGGUUGAUAGGGUGCUGCGAGAGUCUAAGGUGCUUGGUAACGACACAACGGUUAAUGGUGCACGGUUGAGAGCCUACGUUUCGCUCACACAUGAACAAGGCGAAGAAGAUGAAAGAGAGAGGGUGUUAGAGAAGAUGAGAAUUAAAAGUCGGUGUUUGGUCUACGAUCUUAGGAACUACUUUCCUCCCAACGGUUGGUGGCCCCUUGAUAACGAGAAGGAGAUUGACUGGGUUCAUCUCGAACAUAUGGCGAAUGUGGUCAUGAUGAAUUUACGAGAGAUACAGACGUUAUGGAGGCUUAGGAGGCCGCCCAUUGGAUUGGAGAAUGUCAGGCCGUUCUGGGGAAGAGGCGAAGAUUGGGCGGGUGUAGAGGGGACAUGGAGAAGGUAUGUGUGUUUUAUGGAUUAUCGGGAUCUAUUUACUUUCAAUUUUCCAGCUGGCAGAAGCCCAGGCUUCUUUCAGGACAAACGUUUCCGCGAAGCUACUAGGCUUAUCGAAGUCAAGUUGAAACUCGCGUCGAAGGAUCGUCUGAAGCAUCCUACCCUCGUACCCCCCCAUGCCAACGGGACAGAACAGUACCCUACAUUGUACUUUCAUGGAACGUCAAAGGGUGCUACCGGGAACGAGGCAACUCUGGAAGGGUGCGUUUGGGUUUCAGCUAAGGAUAGUUCCGUGAGAUGGUGGUUUACAACCAUUCAUGGGGAUGGGGCUCAGACCUGGUGUUCGCAAGGUGUACAGAUGGGAUGCAUGGGCAGUAAAGCAGGGGUGGUGGGGAAUUGGGGAACGGUUGAGCAUGAGAUGGGUGAUCCCGUUGGUACGGUCUGUCCGUUCUUUUUGGUGAGAGGUGGCUGAUGGAUGGCAAAAGGUCCGUUCUGGCUAUGGAAAGUUGAGGACGGGGAUGCACCUUGCUUGAUUGAUUUCACCUAGGUGGGAAACUGGAGUCGGCCAGAGAAAGAGAUGGGAAUGGAUGUAAGUAUUUAGAUCUGAAUUGUAGCUACCGUGGACUCUUGAGGAUAGCAACUUUUUCAAAGGGUGUACUUGUAUACUAGGCUGAACUGUAUUUUUUUUAAACCUUGGUUAGUUCGAUUCGGGCGUUU